AUGGAAUAUGAAUGUAGCCAUCUUAAUUGGGAAUUCUAUAACCAUGAUGAGGCAUUAUUAGAGGACUUAAAGCAUUCACUUCUAUACACAACUUUAGAGCUAGAAGCAACUAUUGUGUCAGCCAAAGAAGAGAUUACCAAAAAAGAAUAUGAACUAAUUCAUGCCAAUAAUCUUUUAACCAGAGUCAUCAAAGAAAGAGAUGAAGCCAGAGAAAAAUGCAAUAACCUAAUGCUUGAAAAACAAGAGUUCCAAUCUCAAAUUGAGAACAAAUCACAAAGUGAAAAUGAACAUUCAGCACCAAAUGCUUCUUCUUCGGAUUGCGAAGAAAACAGUUCAACAACACUACCGACACAGUUUCAAGCAGUGCUGGAAUUAGCAGAAAAGAAACCGUUGCCGAAGAAAGGGAAGCUUUUGAAGGCAGUGGUUGAAGCUGGACCAUUGUUGCAGACACUUCUUCUGGCUGGACCAUUACCACAGUGGCAACAUCCACCUCCACAGCUGAAUUCAAUUGAGAUUCCACCGGUUUCGAUUUCGUCUCCGAAGAAUCUCUCUUUGAGCAAGAAAAGGGAAUUUGUGUUCUCUUCAGGUUCUGAUUCUUCUGUUUCAAAAUGUACAAAAGUUGUUGACAACAUACCAACAAUAUCUACAUUUGUCUCAAAUCAUUUCCUACCAAAUUCGCCAUUUUCAUAG